GUACCCGCCCUCGUCCCCCAAGACCACCAGAGCCGCGGAGAGGAUCAGCACCCCCAGCAGGCCCCCCCCGGCCGUCGCCCCCCCCCCCGGGCCUGGUGGACCCAGAGCCAGAGGGGGGGCUGCCGAAGGUGGGCUUCAGGAUGGAUCUACCGCCUGACACCCCGUCUGAGGACGAGGACUCCAGCUGGACCACCCUGUCCCAGGAGACGCCGUCCCCCCAGACUCCCAACGAGACAGCGGAGGUCUGGACGGAGGGCGAGCUGCCCCCGGGGUGGCGGGAGGUCUCGGCCCCCUCCGAGGUCUACUUCUGGCACGUGCCCACCGGGACCACCCAGUACCACCGGCCCGUCGCCGCCGACAACCAGGGGACCUCUCCGACCCCUGGCGGGCCCGACCCGGAGCCCGAUCCCCUGCUGGGUUCCACCGAGACCGCGAGGCCCCCCGUGGAGCGGCCCAGCAGCCUGAUCUCUGACAGCUCAGUGGAGCCCGUCCCGUCUCCGUCCGGCUCCACCCCUUCCCAGUAUGGCUCCUCCCCUACUCAAGACGUCCCCUCCCCUUGUCCAUCUGGCCCCUCCCCACCUUGCUCCCCUUCCCCUGUGGCCGACGCCCCCGCAUGCGGACGGGAGGCCAGCAUCUCCUACACAGCCAGAGAGUUGAAAGACUACCCGGUCUACCCGGACCCCAGUCUAAAGGCCUUUGAAGGAGCUACGCUACGCUAUGCGUCACUCAGCCUCAAUCCUGCUGCCCAGCUGGAGACGGUGGACCUCAACAGUGCCUGUACCGAUGCAGAAGCAAUGUCCUUCCCGGUGCGCUCCCUGGGCUGGGUGGAGAUGGCGGAGCGGGACCUCUGUGAGGGACGGAGCAGCAUCGCCGUCCACCACUGCAUCAGACAGCUGUCCUACUGCCGCCGGGACAUCAGGGACUCUGCCGGCGUCUGGGGAGAGGGUAAAGGAAUGCUGUUGGAGCUCCAGGAUCGCAUGCUGACCCUGGUUGACCCUGAAGACCGCAGCCUGCUCCACUCUCAGCCAAUCAGCAGCAUCCGUGUCUGGGGCGUGGGACGGGACCAUGACAGAGAAAGGGACUUUGCCUACGUGGCCAGAGACAAGAACACGCGUGUGCUGAAAUGCCAUGUGUUCCGAUGUGACACGCCUGCAGCCGCCAUAGCAACGAGUCUCCACGAAGUCUGCUCCAAGAUUAUGGCUGAGAGAAAGAGUGCCAAGGCUGCAGUCAGCAGCUCCUCACAGAAUGGCUCAGAUGUCCCCCUACAAGAGUUUCCGAUGCCAAAGACUGAGUUGGUGCAGAAAUUCCAUGUGCUGUACCUCGGCAUGACGUCCGUGUCUCGGCCGAUCGGUAUGGACGUGAUCAACAGCGCCAUAGAGAACCUGCUGGCCUCCACAGGGAAGGAGGACUGGACUCCUGUGAUCCUGAGUGUGGCCGACGCCGACGUCGCCGUCAUCAAGGAAAAGGAAGAGGAGGAGGAGGUGCUGGUGGAGUGCCGCGUGCGCUUCCUGUCCUUCAUGGGCGUGGGCCGGGACGUGCACACCUUCGCCUUCAUCAUGGACUCCGGGAACCAGCACUUCCAGUGCCACAUCUUCUGGUGCGAGCCCAACGCCGGCUGCGUGUCGGAGGCGGUGCAGGCCGCGUGUGUGCUGCGCUACCAGAAGUGCCUGGUGGCGCGCCCGCCCUCCCAGAGGGCUGCCUCCUGCUCCUCCUCCACCUCCUCCUCCACCUCCCCCGACUCGGUGACGCGCCGCGUGACCACCAGCGUGAAGCGCGGCGUGCAGUCGCUCAUAGACAAUCUGAAGACCAAGAAGCAGCCGUCGGAACUGCCCCAGCAAUGACCGGGGGGGCCCACGUUGACCCCUGACCACCCC